AAAGACUAUAAAUUCUUUACCUAUAAAUACACAUAUAUUAUACUAACAUGUUCUCAUUGUAAAACAAUUUCCUCACAAUCCAUCUUCUAAACAAAAAUCGAAAUAUAUCUGUUCUUCUCUCCUUAUACGUACUCCAUCGUUAUGGCUUCAUCUCUUCUGACAUCUCCCGCAAUGACCCACACCAUCAGUUCCACUGUGGUCGUUCGUUCAGGCUUACCUUUUGGAUCUUCCCUGCCCUAUCUCCGCCUGAACCGUCCACACAACAAGUCAUCCUUGCUUAUCUCAUGCUGCUCCCCUGUAUCCGCAAAGGGGGAGAAUGGUAAACCCGUCGUGGAAAGGUGGCCAGAGUACAUACCACACAAGCUUCCCGACAAUAAUUACGUGCGUGUAUUCGACACGACGCUCCGUGACGGUGAACAAGCUCCUGGUGGAGCUCUUACUCCACCGCAGAAGAUCGAGAUUGCAAGACAGCUCGCAAAACUCCGAGUAGACAUCAUGGAAGUUGGUUUUCCUGUGUCGUCUGAAGAAGAGUUCGAAACUGUCAAAACCAUCGCCAAGACCGUGGGAAACGAGGUGGAUGAGGAAACAGGUUACGUCCCAGUGAUAUGCGCCAUCGCACGAAGCAAACCAGAAGACGUUAAGGCGGCAUGGGAGGCGGUGAAAUACGCGAAGAGACCUAAGAUACUCAUAUUCACAUCUACCAGUGACAUUCAUAUGAAAUACAAGUUGAAAAAGACUCAAGAAGAAGUCAUUGAGAUGGCCGCGAGUAGUGUCAGGUUUGCUAAAAGCUUAGGCUUCGUUGACGUUCAAUUUGGUUGCGAAGAUGGCGGCAGGUCGGAUAAGGACUUUCUAUGCAAGAUUCUAGGAGAAUCGAUAAAAGCUGGUGCAACCACGGUCAACGUGGCGGACACUGUUGGAAUCAACAUGCCGGAAGAAUACGGAGAACUCGUGAGCUACGUCAAAGCAAAUACUCCUGGAAUUGAUGAUAUUAUCUUCAGUGUUCAUUGUCACAACGACCUUGGUGUUGCUACCGCCAACACAAUUGCCGGUGUAUGUGCUGGAGCACGACAAGUCGAAGUAACAGUUAACGGAAUAGGCGAAAGAAGUGGCAAUGCACCGCUUGAAGAGGUCGUGAUGGCUUUGAAAUGUCGAGGAGAAUACCUAAUGGAUGGUGUCUACACAAGAAUAAACACACGUCAAAUUAUGGCUACUAGCCAGAUGGUUCAAGAAUAUACCGGCUUGUAUGUUCAACCACAUAAACCCAUAGUUGGAGCCAACUGUUUCGUUCAUGAGAGCGGCAUUCACCAGGAUGGAAUCUUGAAAAACCGGAGUACAUAUGAGAUCUUAUCGCCAGAAGAUGUUGGGGUUGUAAAAUCUCAAAGUUCUAGUAUUGUUCUUGGAAAGCUUAGCGGACGUCAUGCUGUGAAAGAUCGGCUGAAAGAGUUGGGUUAUGAGCUCGAUGAUGAGAAAUUGAACGACAUCUUCUCAAGGUUCAGGGAUUUAACCAAGCAGAAAAAGAGAAUCACGGAUGAUGAUCUGAAGGCACUAGUAACGUGUGGUGAUAAGGUCUCGUCCAGUGAAGAGACUAACGGCUAUGUACCAAUCCCACAGAUUUCCUCUGUGGUAUAAAAAUAUGUGUUUAGCAUUUGUAAUAUCAAGGUUCUAUUUGAUAUGCAUGUGUUGUAAUAAUGAAUAAAAACAGUAUGAAGUUGAGAAUUAUGCGCAAGGCAACCUGCCAAACUGAUUCUGUGGUAUUGUUUCAGAGAUCAAACUUGAUGCAAAUUCAC